AUGCCCUUGGAUUCAAACUAUACACCUGCGGUGGAAGAUGAAGAAGAAGACGAUAUUCUAGAUGAUGACUUACCGGGACCUUCAUCGAGGGGCAAGAAAGGUGGUAUAGCUGGAAACAAAGCCAAUGGUAAAGGAAAAGAUCCCGGUAGACACGCUUGGGAAGCAGAAUACAAGAAAUCGUGGGAUAUAGUACAAGAAGAUGAGAGUGGUUCGCUAGAAUCUGCCGUAGAGAGUUUGCUAGCUAGAGGAAGACGAAAGAGGGCGUUGAUGGCAGAUACACCGUUGAGAAGAUCAAUUAUUCGGCACCUGUUCAUCAUAUUAGAUCUAUCCGAAUCGAUGAAUGAUAAAGACUAUAGACCAACACGAUUCGAAGUGAUACUAGGCUAUCUCAGAUCUUAUGUUGUAGAAUGGUUUGAUCAGAAUCCAUUAGGUCAAAUCGGUAUCAUCAUGAUGAGAGACAGGCUAUCUGAAGUUCUUGUUCCGAUGGGAGGUAAUCCGCAAGAAAUAUUAAGUGUGCUUUCGGAUAAGAGGAAGUUGGAGCCUUCCGGUGAACCUUCUUUGCAAAAUGGUCUAGUGAUGGCCAAAGGUGGGAUGAGUCAUUUGCCUACCACAUCAUCACUCGAAACCCUCAUAAUUUUCUCAUCGAUAUCAACAGCUGAUCCAGAUGGACCUUCUACGAUUCAUACUGUGUUACAAGACCUGGUCACUAAUGAAAUCCGAACAUCCAUCAUUGCACUUGCUGGAGAAAUAAAAAUCUGUAAACAAAUAUCAGAAAGGACAGGUGGUAAAUUUGGUGUAGCAUUAGAUCAAGAUCAUUUAAAAGAUUUGAUGUGGGAAACCAUUCCACCUCCCGCAACUACAAUUUCGAAUCCUACGACCAUCGGUGUUAGGAAUGCCUUAGCGGCUGCAUCUGCAACGGGUAAAAAUGGCGUGACUGGUAAAACUCCGGUGGGUGAUUUGAUGGUAAUGGGUUUCCCAAUCCAACUGCCCCUAGGUGGUGAAACUCUUUGUGCAUGUCACGGUUUACUUAAAAAAGGCGGUUAUCUAUGUCCGAGAUGUGGAAGUAAACUUUGCGACGUUCCUACAGAUUGUGAAGUUUGUGGAUUGAUGGUCGUCUCAAGUCCUCAUCUGGCAAGAAGUUUCUGGUUUUUAUUUCCAGUAGCGAAUUAUGGCGUUCUAGCAGUUGAGGAGGUAAUGGACAGUAGUACGAGUGAUACUUGUGCUGGAUGUGAUGUGGAGUUUCCUGAUGUGACAUCGAUAGAAGAAGGUGUGGCGCAAGUGGAAGAUGGCGUGAGUCCUACUGGACGUUAUAGAUGCGCAAAGUGUCGCAAUGACUUCUGCGCAGAUUGCGAUUUGUAUAUCCAUGACACGUUACAUACUUGCCCUGGAUGUUCUCAGUAG